AUGUCUGUCCAUAGCUUCGUGGCUCAUUUCCUCAAAGACAAUGGGUACUUGGAGACUCUCAAAACGUUUGAAGCAGAACAUGGCAAGCAAAUAACUACUGAAUUGCCUCAUGACGAAUCGCUAACGGACAUCAUCACAGAUCGGUUGAAAUAUCUUUCUACUGAACCACAAGUCCAGGAUUCCCACGAUAAGAUUCUUGAUGAAGAGCUUCGAUCUAUAAAAGAGAAGCAGUUCAAGGAGUGGGCCGUCCCUUUUCCCAAUGUGUCGCAUGAAAUCGCCAAAAUAGACGAUUUGGUCAUCGACAGUGCAAUCAUGCACUUUGACAACAAGAAUUACCUCAUAUUAGCCACGUCUGCCAGAGAAUUGGUGGUUGUGGACAUUGAGUCCUCCUCCGAAGUGUUCAGGCGCAAGAACGUCAUAGGAGAUGUCGUUAUCCGCAAGAUAGCAGUGACAAGUAAUGCUGUGGUAUUAUGCGGCAUGCAGGGAAAAGCCUUUUUGUGCAAAUUUUCCCAUGGAAUGCUGGAAUUGAACAUUGAAGCUGAAAGGCAGAUCCAUGCUCGUCUUGUGGUCGACGUCAAAGUUGUCAGCUGGAGGGAGCAGGACUAUUUGGUCAGUUUGGGCUGGGACUAUUUGGUCAAAGUUUUCAAAAUUGAAGACGACGAUAUAUGCCCUGUGGGCGAACCCUUCAAGUUGGCGAAUCAGGGUUCGUGUAUGGAUGCAUGCGUUUAUAAAGACAGAAUCACAGUCCUCGUGGGCAAGAGUGAAAUCACAUUGAUGGAUGUUCUUUGCAUGGGCGAGGAGCAGAAGUUGUCUCUCGAUUGUCGUAUUGCACUCAAUGACGCGGAGUUUUCCGCUGCUGGUUUCACGCCCAUGUGUGUAAGAAUUCACCAAAGCGGUGAAAACGUGCCGUUGGUUGCUGUUGGUACUUCGCAUGAGCCUUUCAUGCGAGCAGUCAUAGUCACAUUGAAGCAAGUCGGCAUUGCUGCACAAGAAACUGUUCAGCGAAACCAAAUCAUUGCCAACCUCAAUACCUUGUCGCCUCAAGACAAGUACAGCCAAGCCAUUCUAGACUGGAGACCAGAUGGUACAGGCUUGUGGGUCUUAGGAGACGACGGGGUGAUCCGAGGCAUCGAUCUUUCGAGCGGAAAAGUUUCUGCUGAAUUGUCUGGUCAUGAAGGAAGAAUUAAAACUUUGAACGUCUUGACGAAUCUCUUGGUAAGCUGCGGAACGGACCGGCACAUUUUCAAAUGGACUUAA